GGCAGAAUUUGAGCCAAUAGGGAAAGGCCGGAGGCGUUUCCGCCCUAUGGGAAGGCGCUGGGGAUUGACUCAGAGAGCCACGUGGAGGAAGCGGUCUCGGGUGAGGCAGCAGCAUGGCGGCCGCGGGCAUGAAAAGGAAACAGCAACAGCAGCGCGGGGCUUCAGCUUCGGCCGCGGGGGCUGGGCGCAAGAGGCGGAAGCUUCCUGUCACAGAGGAAAAAGCCUGGCAGAAAGCUGGCUCCAAGUUGAAUGAGGAGAUCUCCAGUGAUUCAGAACCAGAUAUUCCAACAAAGAAAAAGAACAACGAAGCCGAAGAGGAGAUUGAGGAGACACCACAAGAGAAGAAACUGAGAUUAGCAAAGUUAUACCUGGAGCAGCUUCGACAACAAGAAGAGGAAAAGGCUGAAGAAGAGGCCUUUGAGAAGGACCUGGUUGCUGGCCGACUGAAGGAAGAUGUGCUUGAACAGAAAGGAAAAUUGCAGCGACAAAUUGCGAAAAUUUUGCAGCCUCCAGACAGUUCUGACAUCAGGAUACUCCGAGGUCACCAACUGCCCAUCACCUGUCUGGUCAUCUCGCCAGAUGAUCAAUGUAUCUUUUCUGCAGCCAAAGACUGCUCCAUCAUCAAAUGGGAUGUGGAGAGUGGGAAAAAACUGCAUGUGAUCCAUGGAGGAAAGAAGGGGACGGAGAACAGUUUCGUUGGCCACACAACGCACAUCCUCUCUAUGGCAAUCUCAUCAGAUGGCAAAUACUUGGCUACAGGGGAUAGGAGCAAACUCAUUAUGAUCUGGGAAGCUGCAACCUGCAGGCACCUGUAUAAGUUCACCGGUCAUCGUGAUGUUGUGUCGGGCCUGUCUUUCCGGAAGGGCACACACCAGCUGUACAGCGCCUCGCACGAUCGCUCCAUUAAAGUGUGGAACGUGGCAGAGAAUGCCUACGUGGAAACCUUGUUUGGGCAUCAAGAUGUGAUCACGGGACUGGACAGCCUGAGCCGGGAGUGCUGUGUCACGGCAGGAGGGAGGGACGGCACUGUCCGAGUCUGGAAAGUCCCUGAGGAAUCUCAGCUUGUGUUUUAUGGGCACCGGGGCUCUAUUGAUUGUAUCCAGCUGAUCAAUGAGGAGCACAUGGUGUCUGGUGCAGAUGAUGGGUCAAUAGCCCUCUGGGGUCUCUCAAAGAAGAAGCCACUAGCCACAGUGAAGCAAGCCCACAGUCGCCACGGCACGCAGGGCCUGGAACAGCCGUAUUGGAUCUCUUCGGUUGCUGCCUUGCUGAACAGUGACCUCAUAGCCACAGGUUCCCAUAGUGCCAGUGUGAAGCUGUGGAAGUGCGCAGAGGGAUUCCGGAAGCUGGAGCCGCUCUUUGAGAUUCCCCUGGUUGGCUUUGUCAAUAGCUUGAAAUUCUCAAAUUCUGGAAACUUUCUUGUUGCUGGAAUUGGACAAGAACACAGGUUGGGUCGGUGGUGGAGGAUCAAAGAGGCCAGAAAUAGCAUCUGCAUCAUCCCGCUCAAGAAGGCCACAGCAGGCAAUGCACAGAUACCUGGUGAAGGCUCCUAAUAUUCUCUUCUGCAAGUGACUUUGGGGGAAACUCUUUGAGUUGACCUGUACAUUAAAACUAGCUUUUAUGUUUGUAAAA